AUGAAUAUUCUGAAAACUCUUCUACUGAAAAGCAACAAGAUAUAUCUAGAAUUAAUAAAAGUAACAAUACUCAAGCUAGCAUAUCCAAAAGAACAGAGGAUAUAACUAUAACUACUGAAGAUACAAAUAUAAAGAAAGAUUCAAAAACUCAGAAAAUUAGCUUAACAAAUGCUACUACUUCUGACAAGAAAAUAGCACAAGAGGUAAAUUCUCCUAUGAUUAUUAUUGAUAACAAUAAUCAUGAACUGCAAGAACUUGACUGUUCAGAAGGAGAAUAUAUAAUCACUACAAAUAAAAGAAAAAAAGACAAAAAGAAAAUCUAA